CAUCCUCCUCCUGCUUGGCGGUGGCGGCGGCCGCGGCCUAGCAGCGGCGACAGCUCCUCUGAGGAGGGAGGGGGCGGAUUUCUCUCCCCCUCUUUCGAAUUCUCGCCGGAUUCGGACGCCGAUUUACCCAGUGCUUGGGAGAUGGGAAGUAAUGAUAGCUGGCACCUGAACUAAAAUACCUGUGUAGUCGCUACCAUCCCAGAACUUCAGGAUGAAUGGGGAUAUGCCUCAUGUUCCCAUCACUACUCUUGCAGGGAUUGCUAGUCUUACAGACCUUUUGAACCAGCUGCCUCUUCCAUCACCUUUACCUGCUACCACAACAAAAAGCCUGCUUUUCAAUGGACGGAUAGCUGAAGAGGUGAACUGCCUUUUGGCUUGCAGGGAUGAAAACUUGGUUUCACAGCUCAUCCACAGUCUCAAUCAGGUGUCAACAGAUCACAUAGAGUUGAAAGAUAACCUUGGCAGUGAUGAUCCAGAGGGAGAUAUACCAGUCUUGCUGCAGGCUGUCCUAGCAAGGAAUCCUAAUGUUUUCAGGGAGAAAAGCAUGCAAAACAGAUAUGGGGUGCAAAGCGGGAUGAUGAUGUCGCAGUUUAAUAUUUCUCAGAACUCCAUGAGAGGUAGUCCUGCAUCUUCUAAUUAUCAACAAACCACUAUCUCACAUAGCCCUUCCAGCCGUUUUGUGCCACCACAAGCAAGCUCUGGUAACAGAUUUUUGGCACAACAGAACAGUCCAGUGCCUAGUCCAUAUGCUCCUCAAAGUCCUGCAGGAUACAUGCCAUAUUCACAUCCUCCAAGUUAUACACCACAUCCUCAGAUGCAGCAAGCUUCAGUAUCCAGUCCCAUUGUCACAGCUGGGAUGAGGAAUCUCCAUGAAAAUAAAGUUUCAAGUCAGUUGUCUGGAAAUUCAGCUAAUCACCAUGCUGAUAAUUCUAGACAUGGCUCAAAUGAAGACUAUCUACAGAUGGUGCACAGGAUAAGUAGUGAUGAUGGCGAUCCUUCACUAAGGAAUGCUGCAUCUUUUUCCUUGAGGUCACCACAGUCAGUCUGCUCUCCAUCUGGAAGUGAUGGAACCCUUAAAGGAUCAAGACAACCUUUAAUCCAACAAUCUCAACCUCCACCUUAUUCAUCACCUAGAGAUGUUCCCCCAGACAUAUUGUUAGAUUCUCCAGAAAGAAAGCAAAAGAAACAAAAGAAAAUGAAGUUAGGCAAGGAUGAAAAAGACCAGACUGAAAAAGCUGCAAUGUAUGAUAUCAUUAGCUCUCCUUCCAAGGACUCCACUAAGCUUACAUUAAGACUGUCUCGUGUAAGAUCUUCGGAUAUGGACCAGCAGGAUGAUAUGCUUUCUGGUUUGGAAAACAGCAGUGUGUCAGAGGGUGAUAUUCCUUUUAAGGUGCAGUACCCAGGACAGACUUCUAAAACACCCGUUACUCCACAGGAUGUUAACCGCCCAUUAAACACUGCUCAGUGUUUGCUGCAGCAUGAACAGACAGCUUUCCUUCAGGCACAACAAGUGCCUGUUUUACAACAGAACACUUCAGUUGCUGCAAAACAGCCUCAAACUCCUGUGGUACAGACACAGCAACAGGUUUCGCAACAAGGAGCUAUAACGUCAUAUGAUGAAGUAGAAUUGGAUGCAUUGGCUGAAAUUGAGCGGAUAGAACGUGAAUCAGCUAUUGAAAGGGAGCGAUUUUCAAAAGAAGUGCAAGAUAAAGAUAAGCCUCUGAAGAAGCGAAAACAAGAAAACAAACCACAGGAGGUUGGAGGUGCUACUGGAGGAAAUAGAGCAGCUUCUCAGGAGACAGGUUCUGCAGGGAAUGGGGCAAGGCCAGCGCUGAUGGUUAGUAUUGAUCUGCAGCAAGCAGGAAGAGCAGACUCUCAGGCAACAGUAACUCAGGAUUUGGACACCAUCAAAAAACCUGAAGAAAUUAAGCAGUAUAAUGAUGUGUUUGUGUGUGUUCCCCAAGAGGACACUGUUGGAGUUCUUAAAUUUAAACCUGAAAACCAUCCUGAGAUUUUUAGGAAAAUGUCAGACCUUGGGGUUCAAAAGACAGAUAUCCAGCAAAAUGAAAACAGACAAAUGGAAUUUCAGCAAAAUGUGAGCAGGCAGUUGGAAAGUAAACAGAAUGAGAAGAAACAGGUAGAAGCUAAACAUGAAAGCAAGCAUGAAAGCAGACAAAUGGAAGUGAAACAAAAUGAGAACAGACAAACAGAAUCAAAACAAAACCAGAGCAGGCAAAUGGAGAUGAAACAAAAUGAGGGAAAACAAAAUAAUGGCAAACAGGAAAUAAGGCAGAGGCCUGAAACACCGAAACAGAAGAAUGAAGGCAGGCCUGAAAUGCCAAAACAUAGACAUGAUAUCAGAAGGGACUCAAGUAAACCAUUAUCAGAUAAGAAAAUAGAAAUAUCUAGGCAUAAAAUAGAUGUGAAAUCUGAUCCUUCAAGGAUAAAAUCUGAAAGUAGACCCGAUCCAACAAAACUGAGACCUGAUGGGCACUCAGUUUCUGAUACACCAAGGCGUGACCGUGAUAGCCUCAAACAAAGAUCAGAGGACAGGGAGGAGUCAGAGAGAUACAGAGGAGAUCCAUCCAAGAUCAGAAGACCUGAAUAUUUGAGAUCCUCAAACAAAAAUGAACAUGAUUCUAAACAUGGUAUUAAAUCUGAUGGUUCAAAACCUGAGAAAUUUGCAAGGAAACAUAGACAUGAGUCUGGUGAAUCAAGGGAAAGGUUUUCUUCUGGGGAUCAGAAAGCAAGACCUGACAGCCCUCGCAUUAAACAAGAAGGUAGAGGAGAUUCUAAUAAAUCAAGACCUGAUAAACCUGGCUUUAAAUCACAAAACAGCAAGGAUGAACAAAGGACAGAUGGUAAUAAGAGUAAAGUAAAUAGUAAUAAAGCACAUGCUGACAGUAAAGCAGAGUUUCCCAGUUAUUUGUUGGGGGCAAGAUCUGGCGCAUUGAAACAUUUUGUCAUUCCAAAAAUCAAGCGUGAUAAAGAUGUCAAUGUCACUCAGGAAUCAAGGAAAACUGAAUUUAAAGGUGAACAGGACAAAGUAGAGAAGAUUGGGCUAGUUGAAGAUCUAAAUAAAGGAGCUAAGCCUAUAGUUGUCCUUCAAAAACUCUCACUGGAUGAUGUGCAGAAAUUUAUUAAGGAUAGAGAAGAUAAAUCAAGGGGCUCUUGUUUUAAACCUAGCAAGAACAAGUCAUCAAAAUCUAAUAAAGGUAGCAUAGAUCAGUCAGUGUUAAAGGAAUUACCUCCUGAUCUCCUGGCAGAAAUUGAAUCCACCAUGCCACUUUGUGAACGUGUGAAAAUGAACAAGCGUAAACGUAGCACAGUUAAUGAGAAACCAAAAUAUGCUGAAAUCAGUUCUGAUGAAGACAAUGACACUGAAGAAGCUUUUGAAUCUUCUCGUAAAAGACAUAAAAAGGAUAGAGAUGAAGCUUGGGAGUAUGAAGAACAUGAUAGAAGAAGUUCUGGUGACCAUAGGAGAAGUGGUUAUUGUCAUGAAGGAAGGAGGACUUCUGGUAGUGGCCGUUAUCGUAAUCGCAGUCCCAAUGACUCUGAGAUGGAUGAUUAUUCUCCUCUUCCUAGCCUCAGUGAGGUAGCUAGAAAAAUGAAGAAAAAAGAAAAACAAAAGAAGAGGAAAGCUUAUGAACCUAAACUAACACCUGAAGAAAUGAUGGAUUCUUCUACUUUCAAGAGAUUUGCUGCUUCAGUAGAGAAUAUUUUGGAAAAUUUAGAAGACAUGGAUUUUACAGCUUAUGGUGAUGAUGAUGAGAUUCCACAAGAACUGCUACUGGGAAAGCAUCAGCUUAGUGAGUUGGGGAGUGAAUCUGCAAAAAUCAAGGCAAUGGGCAUUAUGGACAAGCUCUCAACAGAAAAAACAGUAAAAGUCUUGAAUAUUUUGGAGAAGAAUAUUCAAGAUGGAUCAAAGCUUUCCACAUUAUUUAACCAUAACAAUGACACUGAAGAUGAGGAGAGAUUAUGGAGAGAUCUUAUUAUGGAGAGAGUGACAAAAUCUGCUGAUGCUUGUCUUACUGCUAUCAAUAUUAUGACAUCACCAAAUAUGCCUAAAGCUGUAUAUAUUGAAGAUGUAAUAGAAAGAGUUAUUCAAUACACAAAAUUUCAUUUGCAAAACACUCUCUAUCCUCAGUAUGAUCCUGUGUAUAGAGUGGAUCCUCAUGGUGGUGGUGUUUUAAGUUCAAAAGCAAAACGUGCCAAGUGUUCCACCCACAAGCAAAGAGUUAUAGUGAUGUUAUAUAACAAAGUUUGUGACAUUGUCAGCAGUUUGUCAGAGUUGCUAGAGAUACAGCUUCUCACUGAUACAACUAUUCUUCAAAUAUCAUCUAUGGGAAUAACACCUUUCUUUGUAGAAAAUGUCAGUGAACUACAGCUAUGUGCCAUCAAAUUAGUGACUGCAGUGUUCUCCAGGUAUGAAAAACAUAGACAGCUAAUACUAGAAGAAAUUUUCACUUCUCUCGCAAGACUACCAACCAGCAAGAGGAGUUUGAGAAAUUUCAGGUAA